AUGAUGCACACUUCUCUCACACGGGGCGCCAUGCCCAUGCGCGGAGUCGUCCGCAGCUUCACGUCGAGCGCGCAGGUGUACGCCGAGGGUGCGCCUGCCACCUCGACUCCUCGUCCACGAUCGAGUCCACGAUCGAGCCAGCCGGAUGCCCGACCGGCGCGCGCUGGCGGCAAUGCUGCGGAUCGACUGCGAAACGGCGAGAGGAGCCGAAAUUCGGCCCGAGCCAACGGUCAGGCGAGCAACAGAAACGCAGGCGGUGACCGUCGCAACAAGCGACUUCCUUCCGUGUUUGACGGCUCGUCACCCGCGCGUGCGGAGCGUGCGCCUCGCGGUGUGAUGCUCAAGGGUCGGGAUCAGCAGAGCCAACGGAUGGCUGCGCCCAAGACGACCACCGACUGGAACAGCCCGCUGUACGCCAAGCCCGGAUACGAACGAUUCCUGCCAUCGGCGCCACGAGCCUCGUCGAUCUUUACGCCGAAUCUGAGCGCGGCUGCGGCUGCGACGCCGGCAGCGGGAGGCAAGGGUAAGGGCAAGGCGGCGGCUGCGCCUGCCUCGACGCCGCAGGCCAAGCUCAACCUGCCAGGCAUCAAGGCUGCGGUCAACGCGCUCAAGCUGCACAUCCGACCGGGUGGACGCAACAUCCUCGGACCCACGCACGAUCCCGUCGGUGUGGCGGUGGGCAGCCUCACGUACAAGCGCGCUGCGAUGGCGCCAUCGGUGCGAAAGGGAGCGAGCGACGAGGCGCUGGCGUCGGAACUCAAGAGGGCGAGGAUCGCACUGCAGAACCAGCAGAUCGGCGGAUCGUACGAGCGCUUUGAGCCGCAAGCCGUGCUCGAAUCGGCAGGCGUCAAGGCGAGCGCUGACUCGGCACAGACGCAGGCGAUCAAGGACGCAGCCCAGGCGCUCAGCCUCAAUGCUGACCUCGCACCCGAGAGCAAGAGCUUUGUGGCCAAGACCAUUGCUGAAAGGCUGGACGCAUAG